AUGCCCAGAUCACCAGACAGGAGACGCCAUCGCAGCCCAAUUCCAGAUAAACACGGAGAUAGAGACAGAGACGACCGUAAAAGAGAGAAAAAACGCAAGCAUAAGCAUCGUUCACGUUCACCGGACGACGACGACGAUCGUAAACGACGACGACGCAAAGAAAAGAAACACAAAAAGGAACGCUAUCGCGAUUACAGCGAUGACGAAUUCGAAGACGAUCAUGACCAGCAACAAGACGAUUCGUCUUCUUCACGACUGCAACAUCUCGGCUACUCUAACGUAAAUAAUCCUUUCAACGACGUAAAUCUGGAAUCCAAGUUUGUUUGGUCAAAAAAGAAAGAUAGCGACCGCAAAAAAUUUGGCAAGGACAGAGAAGAGAUUCGACGUAACGAGAUUGAACGUAGACGCGAAGCAGAGGAAGAACUGGCCAAAUUGAACAAGCGUCGAGCCGAGCGUGAGAUUGAAAUGCAACUACGUGAAGAAGAAGCGAUGCGUAUGCAACGAGAGGCAGAGUUGGCUCAGAUGGGUGAUUGGGAAGCCAAGGAAGAAGAGUUUCAUUUGGAACAGGCGAAACGACGGGCUGAAAUCCGGAUAAAGGAAGGAAGAGCCAAGCCGAUUGAUAUUCUUGCCAUGAAUUUGCGGUUAGCAAAUGAGCCCGAUAAAGUAGAGGAGGAUGUCGAGCUUGAGAUUGAUUUGGAGGAGCCUUAUACCAUAUUUGACAAUUUGACUCUGGAAGAAACAGACGAACUACACAAGGAUAUCCAAAUGCACUUGAAUCUCGAAAAGAACGAAAAAACACUCGAAUUUUGGCGCGCAUUGAUUGUCGUAGCAGAAGAUCGUUUGACCAAGUUACGCAAAGACGAAAACCAGCGUGCUGCUACAGGUGUUUCCGAAGGCGUGCAGCACGACAUUGACCGCGUUCUCUCUGGCAAGUCCCAUGCCCAACUUAUUGUACUACAAAACCAAAUUAUGCAGAAAUUACGCUCCAACGAGCCGGUCGAUGUUGAAUAUUGGGAAAACUUGCUAAGCGAGUUGGUUGUCUACAAGGCCAAGGCCAAAUUGACAGACAUGCAUCAAGAGCUUUUGGCCCAGCGAUUACAGCAAUUGAGAUCGAAGCAACAAGAAGAAGCUAUGAAGGUUCAAGAAGAAUUACAACGCGUGCUUGAACAAGAAGGUGUCGAAGUACAUGGUCGUGGUGUUGAAUCAGGUGAAGGUAUCCAAGUCGAGCCUGUGGAUCAGUCCUUGAUGGAAGAACAAGAUCGGGUAUUCGAAGAACAGAUCGAGGAAGAGGAGGAAGAAGCUGAUCAGGAUGGACUUAUGCUUGAGAAGUAUGAGCGUGCCAUGAGCCCUGAACCGUACGAGCACUUGACCCGAGAAGAUCGCGAUUAUCCAGUUGUAGAUCCGAAGGAUGACUUGAAAGACUUGGUGGAACAACGACGCAAAGUUCUGGCCACAAAGAUUAUUCCCGUCAGGCACAAGCCUAAGCCUGUCCAGACUUCCAACGAACCACAAGACGAUUCAAUUGCUUCUGCGGUUCUAUUCGAACAAGAAGCCGCUAAAGGCGUUGAUGAAGACGAAGCCAUUUUCAAUAUUGAAGCAGAACUCGCUAAACAAACGUACAUGUGGCAAGACAAAUAUCGACCUCGUAAGCCACGGUACUUUAAUCGUGUUCAUACUGGUUACGAAUGGAACAAAUACAAUCAGACCCACUAUGAUCACGAUAACCCACCACCCAAAGUGGUGCAGGGAUAUAAGUUUAAUAUUUUCUAUCCGGAUCUGAUCAACAAGUCGGCUGCCCCCACAUAUUAUAUCGAGAAAGAUCCAGAAUCUCCGGAGACUGUGUUGAUUCGUUUCAAGGCUGGACCACCUUAUGAGGAUCUUGCUUUCCGUAUCGUCAAUCGUGAAUGGGAAUACUCGCACAAAAAAGGAUUUAAAUGUAGUUUCGACAGAGGUGUACUUAGUUUGUGGUUCCAUUUCAAGCGUCAAUUCUACAGAAAGUAA